AGGGAUAAGCAGCCUGGCUUGGGAGAAGUGAGUAUAAAAGCCCCACGCUGGGGACAGCCGCCACAGAAGUCCAUGAGUUCUUGGCAGGAUGGCUUCUCACAGUCUGUUUCUCCUUUGCCUUGCUGGGCUGGUAUUUGUAUCUGAGGCUGGGGGCACUGGGGAAUCCAAGUGCCCUUUGAUGGUCAAAGUUCUGGACGCGGUCCGUGGCAGUCCCGCUGUCAACGUAGCUGUGAAAGUGUUCAAAAAGGCUGCUGAUGAGACCUGGGAGCCCUUUGCCACCGGGAAAACCAGUGAAUCUGGAGAGCUCCAUGGGCUCACAACUGAAGAUAAAUUUGUAGAAGGAGUAUAUAAAGUAGAAUUAGACACCAAAUCCUACUGGAAGGCACUUGGCAUUUCCCCGUUCCAUGAAUACGCAGAGGUCGUGUUCACAGCAAACGAUUCCGGCCACCGCCACUACACCAUCGCCGCCCUGCUCAGUCCCUACUCUUAUUCCACCACGGCCGUGGUCGCCAAUCCCAAGGAAUGAGCGGCUUCCUCGGUGGAUCUGAAGGAAGAGGGGCUGGAUUUCACAUAACUAAUAGUAUUCUGUUUUUAUUAAAACGGUAUUUUCACUUUAUAAGCUAUGUUAGAAACUCGGAAGGAGAAAAUAAAAUAUUCCUGUAAAAGCA